AUGGACGGCUUUGGCGCCUCUUCUUCUGCCUCAAAGGCCGUCGAGGACGAAAACGAGGGGCCAGAAUAUGCGUCAAAUACUGGCAAGCCUCCCUCCAAACAAAAAGGCCGCCGCAACAUCAUGCUCGAGAAGUUUAGAGCUGACGUCGAACCAUCUCUCGCUUCAUAUACACAUAUGCAAAAGCCAUUCUUCUUCUAUGGCUUUCGACUCCCGGAGCCACCAGUCCUCGAACCAGCUAGUGUGCAGGGCUACAAAAUCAUGCUCUGGGGGCAGUAUCCUGCUCUCGUUAACGGCCCUAUUGACAAUCACGUUGAUGGCAUGUCACUGGCGCAACGGAGUUGGUGGAGGGCACGUGGUCAUUGGACGAGUGGAAGAAGGAGAUCGAGGAGGAAAUGGCAUCGCACUUUCGGCUCUGGAGGACUGAGCAGGAAGGAGGAAUUAUGGCGUAUAGCGUCGAACCUGGUAGAGUGA